AAAACCAAGUACCAUUUCAAAAAACGAAAAACCAAACUCGACCGUUGCUUAGGCGAACACCAACUCACUCACACACAGGGACUCUUGUUCAUCAUCACCACCUGUCUCUCUCUCUCGCUGCUGCGGAGUAGUAUCUGCAAGAGAUGGAAGACAUGGUGGCAUCCUCUUUACCCCAAUUUGCAGAGGAAGAAAUGGUGGUGGACCAAACGCUGGGCUUCCCAAUAGCGUAUGCCAAGCUCUGCAGAGACCCCGAUCUCGGGAACCCCUACACGAGAGGGCCGCCGUUCACCUUCACCCCGUACAUCUUAGAGCCAAGGGAGGCUCUGAGGGUUAAAGAAAUGAAUAUGAUGUUCCCCAUAGUCGACCCAGACAGCAAACCCAUCAUAAACCCCAAGAAAUACACCGAGCUGCUGUGGAAAAGGCUUAAUCAUCUUGGCAAUGCUGGGUUUGAUCCUGACAAGUUUCGAGUCGAUCAUUAUGGAAACGUUCUAUAUUUUCAUGCGGAUCCUGCUUCUCCUUUGGCUUGGGAUAUUGAUCAUUGGUUUCCUUACGCAAGAGGUGGGAAAACGGUUCCUAGCAAUCUUAGGAUAGUACAAAAGAAAGCAUGCAGAAAGAAGCGAGACGCCCUCGAGUUUCUGCUUCCAUGGUGGGACCUUCAACUGGGAAUCUCUGUCAACCAAUUCCUUAUGAUGUUCACAUCCAGAAACAGUGAUUUCAGGCAAAGAGCAUUUUCACUUCUUUUCUCUGAAAGUGACAGCGGGGAUCUCAAUGAUUCACAAGUUUGCAUCUCGCAUGCUUUUCCCCUGCCGUUCGAGGAGAAGAAGCGACGAGUUGGUCUUGCUCCAGCUGCUAUUGUGCAAUCUAAUAGAGAUUUAGAUGCACAAAUCUUGAAAACCUUGGAUUUUAACCGGCCUCAGAAGAAAAUAUCGUGGGAGGAAGACGAAGUAACAACGAGCGCCGUUCAAAAGCAUCGCCUCCACGGGCAGAAAGAAAAUGACGCUGAUUUAAAGAACAACCAGAUAGUUGCAUCAUCCAAAGAAUUGACAAAACUCAGAGAAGGAAUAGAAAAUAAAAAAACAGAGAUUAGCAAACUGGAUGAGGAACUAACAGAAUUGAAGAGGAAGAAUGAUGAGGAAAGGAUAGCCUUGCAGGAACUGGAGACCGUUCUCAUAAAGCGCAAGAGGAGAGUCGAAAAAUGCAGGCAAGUCUCAGAGGCACAGUCAUCAUAUAGAGGUUUGCUAGAGAAGAUGAUCCGUGACGCAAUGCAUCAGAACGUUGUCUACAAGGAGCAGGUUAGGCUGAACCAAGCGGCAACAGCAUCACUUAUGGCAAGAUUGGAAGCACAAAAAGCAAUCUGCGAUUCUUCUGAAAGGGAACUGCAGAAGAGGUUUAAGCAACGACAGGAAAUUGAGAGACUGAUAAUACCAGAGUGGGAGAAGGUGCGCAAGAGAUCAAGAAUGGAGGUAAACCAAGUUGAGGAAAGGCUCAAUAAGACAUGUGAAUCAUCCAUAACAGUACCAAGAUCAACACCGGAAUCACAAAAGGAACUGCGGUUGCUUCUGGAAGAAGACCGAAACGCAUCAGAAGAAGACAUGCCUGUAAAAGAAAGAGAUGAAGUGGCCUUGCAAAAGCAGAAAGGAACGGUGACUAAUGAAAUUUAUGAUCUUGAAGAAUGUAAGCGCCGACUAGAUGAUAAGUUCAAGAGUCUAGUAAUUGAGGAAGGGAAGCUUGGUCAAGCCUGCACGAGAAACAAAACUUCAGCUGUAAUUCCGAGAGGCGAAGAGGAAGGUGACCAAGAAUACAGAAAGAAGAUUGGGAAGGUUAAUUUGGACAACUGGCUCCGCAUGUUGCUGGACGACACGGAGGGAGGUUCUCCAGAAGGCUCGCCUUCCGGGUUCCGGCAGCAAGGAGAGAAGAAAAAUAGAACUGAAGAACUGGUUAGGAAGUUGAACAACGCUAACCAGGAGAUCAAGAUCCUGAAAUUGCAAGCAAAAGACGUGGAAGUAAAGCAAAAUCCUGCUGAUGUGCUGGAGGAAGUUAGCAGUCUAGCUGCUAAUGUUGCAGAAAGUUCAAAACAUGUUGGGGAAGACAACGCAUGCCGACUCAUGAAAGGAAGCAGAAUUAAUGGCGAAAAGAAUAUAACUACAAGAUUCGUGCACAAGCCGAUUGAGAAGCGGAGACACAGCAAAAGCUUUGAUGCAGAUGAAAGAAGUGAUGAAGGGCACGUCAACGGUAGAGGUUACGGUUCAACUCCUGCAUCUCCAUGUGCAACGAAGAAAGAAGAAGCAGCUGAACGAGUUGGGCAGAAGCCAGUGGCGAAUGCUGAUGAUAAUGGCUGCGAGAGUAUUUAUGAGGAGAAUCAGGUAAUGAACAACUUCAUCAAGGUAUCCAUCAAAACAUGCUCCCAAGCAUUGAAGAAGGCAAUGAAGAAGUAAUGUGCUUACAUAUCCGCAUUCUUAUCCUUAUUAUGUGUACAGAUUUCUCUUUGUUCAAAUAGCAAUGAACCUAUUGCUAUGAAGCUUCUGCUUGUUCAGUAGGGAGGUUGUAUCCUGUUUCCAUUUGUUUGUACUAAGAUUGUUUGCUUAAUGAUUUGUCAAAGAAAACGGAUUGAGCCAUAAAGUGUAAAGAAAAAAGCAGAGAGGAGAGGGUUUAUGUGGUUCGGUUCAGCUGAAAUCUGCAUCCAUGGCAAAGGCACACACACACAUGAUGAUAUUUCAUUAGAUCCGGAGGUAUGUAUACAUCAUCGUGUGGUUUCAUCAUUUUUUUGUACUUUUAUGAUGGCUUGUAUAUGCCAAAAUAUUAGGUUUUCUAUUUGUUAUCA